AUGGUUCUAUCAACAUUGCUUUUCCGCAAAAGGAUGCUGGCACGUUAUCUAUCACUUAGGUUUGAUGAUGCUGUUACAAGCCUGAAGCAGCAACUCAAGGUGGAACCUAAUACCUUGUUACGAAAAAACCAUUUAUUUGAAUUGUUUCGUAACACGGCAUAUCUCUCCUCACGUGCAGUAUGUGGAGCGGACUCGAGCGACCCAGAAGAACUGGCGCAUAAAACUGAGAUGCGCUUACGCCAAAUAUUGACUGAAGGAGAGGCUGUCAACAUCCCUGCCGACCCAUUGUUCAAACUCGCUGGUUUUGCAACUUUCUGUGAUUUUCCAACCUAUAGGCCAUGUCGAUGCUUAGUAGAGUCGAGUGAUGGCGGCCUCUUGGGAACGGCUGGUGUAGGCGGGGCGCUCCACGUCAUUCCAACUGUCGAGGCAAACACUGACACUAUGUCUAGGAAGCCGAAUUGGCAGGUUACUACAAGAUUACAUGGUCACACGGACGAUGUCACAGCAAUUGACUUUCACCCCCGGCGAAACAUAAUCGCAUCCGGGGGCGUAGGGAUGAACAUUAUAUUGCACGAUAUUAACAGCUCCAACGGUUUCGUAAACUCUACGAGCGAAAUACAACGACUAACGGACUCGUUUCCAAUCCGCUGUUUGAAAUUCCACCCUUGCGGUGAUUUCUUGUACGUUGGGACUGACAACUCGAUUAUACGUCUAUACGAUAUCGCCACUCGCACGUGUUUCACAGCGAAGCACACUCGACGGCAGCACCAAGGCGGUGCGAUCAAUAGCUGCGAUGUGUUACGCUCCGGAGGACUCCUGUUUACUGCUGGUGAAGACGGAUCAGUAUUGAUGUGGGACGGCAGAAACCUUGAUGUGUUACACGCCCUGGCCGACGCUCAUGGCGGCGCUCCAGUAUUGUCUGUAAAUUGUGAAAGGUAUGGACGUUACUUGACGUCAAGUGGGAAGGACGGAAGCACGAAGAUAACCGAUCUAAGGAUGAUGCGCGAGCUGGCGUGUGUCGGCCACAUGAACCGUGGGGUCAUCCGCACAGUCUCCAACUUUAUGUGCAACACACGAUACGUAGCAACGUACUCAGUUAUUCAAUCAGGUCGACGCACCUCGAAUGAAGUAUUGGUGUACUGCGUCGACACGGGAUCGCAGGAGAUAGACAUCUCCAAAAUUAUGGGAAGAUCAUCUAUACUUGGCAUCUGCGCGUCACAACAUGAUAUGGCUUUAUACCUACUUGCCGAUGACUCAAACUGCAAGGUGGUCAGUAUUUUCGACCCUUCGGCAUAA